AUGCUGAGGAGCGGGGCGGGCGGCGGGGGGGCCGCCGGCGGGGCGGCGGGCGGCGGCGGCCUGCGGAGCGCCUCCCCCCACCGAAACGCCUACGAGGCCACCAUCCAGGCCCUGGCGCCCACAAAGGAGGCCGAUGGCGAGGACGGCAAGAAAAGCCGGGGCAAGAAGUAUGGCUCCAACGUCCACCGCAUCAAGAACAUGUUCCUGCAGAUGGGGACGGCACCUGGCCCCGAGGGAGCCUGCGACCUGGCCAAGGCCAAGGAGAAGCCCGUCCGUCUCUCCUUGCCCCGAGCCGGCAGCCUCAAUGAGAGCAUGGACCAGGGCAGCCUCCUCAAGCUGGGCACCAGCGUCUCGGAGAGGGUCAGCCGCUUCGACUCCAAACCCGACAAGCCCUUCUCCAAGCUGCAGGAGACACGCAAGAUCUUCGAGAGGAGCGCCCAGGAGAAGGCCACCACCACCAAGCUCUUGCUGCGGAAGGAACGGGCCGGUUUCCAGGACCGUAAGCUGGACGUGGUGGUGAGGUUCAACGGCAGCACCGAGUCCUUGGACAAGCUGGACACCGAAGCCGUGUCGCCCACCGUCAGCCAGCUCAGCGCUGUCUUCGAGAAGGCCGACCUCCGUAACAACCUCCACAAGGCGCAGGGGCGAGCGGGAGGGCCGCUCAGCGCCAAGGUGGUGAGCAAGCGGCCUCGAGUCUUCUUGCCGAGCCCCGAGGGCGGCCGGUCAGGUGAUGGCCACGCUGCCCUGGCACGGGCCAGGCCGGCCGAGGAGGAGAAGCCAGCAGGAAAGGGCAGCCGGCCGGCGGAGAAGGAGGCGGCUGCCCCGCGGGUGCAGGAGGUCUGCAAGAUCAAGCCGGUGGAGGUGGAGGAGAGCGGUGAGGCCGAGGAGGAGGAGGGGGCAGCGGCUGUGGCAAACGAAGCGGUGCCUGCUCCCCGGCCGGCCAAGGGGACCGACAGCCCAGCGCCCACCGCCCCCCGGCUGGAAGGGGGCUCAGGGGUGGCUGCGGGAGAGGAGGACGUCAAGGGCGAGCGUGCAGAGGAUGGCGAUGCCUAUGAGGAGGCCAAGAAGGAGGACUUCUCCGAGGCAGACCUGGUGGACAUAAGUGCCUACAGCGGGCUCGGGGAGGACUCGGGGGGCAGCGGGCUGGAGGAAGAGGAGGAGGCCGAAGGGCUAUAUGAGCCUGAGUCGGGCUGCGUGGAGAUCCCCGGGCUGUCUGACGAAGAGGAGCCCGUCCCCAACCGUAAGAUCCAGUUCAGCACGGCCCCCAUCCAGGUCUUCAGCACUUACUCCAAUGAAGACUACGACCGCCGCAACGAAGAUGUCGACCCCAUGGCCGCCUCAGCCGAGUAUGAGCUGGAGAAGCGUGUGGAGCGGCUCGACCUCUUCCCCGUGGAGCUGGAGAAAGACUCGGAAGGGCUGGGCAUCAGCAUCAUCGGCAUGGGCGCGGGGGCCGACAUGGGCCUCGAGAAGCUGGGCAUCUUCGUCAAGACGGUGACGGAAGGUGGGGCAGCCCAUCGGGACGGCAGGAUCCAGGUGAACGAUCUCAUCGUGGAGGUGGAUGGCACCAGCUUGGUAGGGGUGACGCAGAGCUUUGCUGCCUCCGUCCUCAGGAACACCAAGGGCCGCGUCCGGUUCCUCAUCGGGCGGGAGAAGCCAGGGGAGCAGAGCGAGGUGGCACAGCUGAUCCAGCAGACGCUGGAGCAGGAGCGGUGGCAGCGGGAGAUGAUGGAGCAGCGGUACGGCCAGUACACCGAGGAUGACGACGAGACAGGCGAGUAUGCCACGGAUGAGGAGGAGGAGAUGAGCCCCAUGUUCCCCAGCGGAGAGAUGGCCAUUGAGGUGUUUGAGCUGGCUGAGAACGAGGACACGCUCUCCCCCGUGGAGAUGGACCCCGAAAAGCUUGUGCACAAGUUCAAGGAGCUCCAGAUCAAGCAUGCUGUCACUGAGGCCGAGAUCCAGCAGCUGAAGAGGAAGCUGCACUGCCUGGAGCAGGAGAAGGCACGCUGGCGGGCUGAGAAGGCCCAGCUGGAGCAGAGCGUGGAGGAGAACAAGGAGCGGAUGGAGAAGCUGGAGGGGUACUGGAUGGAGGCCCAGAACCUCUGCCAGGCUGUGGACGAGCACCUCAAGGAGACACAGGCCCAGUACCAGACCCUGGAGCGCAAGUACAGCAAGGCCAAGAGGCUCAUCAAGGAGUACCAGCAAAAGGAGAUUGAGUUCCUGAAGAAGGAGACGGCGCAGCGGCGGGUGGUGGAGGAGUCAGAGCUGGCACACAAGGAGGAGAUGGAUAAGCUGCAGGAGAAGAUCUCUGAACUGGAGGCCAAGCUGCAGACUUUGAAAAAUUCCAACCCGACUUAAACCACCCUCAAAACGCAGCGAUUUCAGGGGCAGGGGCAGUCCUCCCCCUCCAGCCCUGUCCCACUCCCUCUCCCCAACCCCUUCCCCACUGGGGAGGAGGCAAGACCCUCACCAAGGCCUCCUGGUGCCCCCAAGCCCCCCCCAGGGGCACAGACGGUGCAGGGGGGUCAGGAUGUGUAUCGGGGGGGGUGGGAGGGCGGACACCCCGCGUUCAUGUCUCUGUCCAGUGUGAGUCUCGUGGUGACGUUAUGGACUGAUUGGAGGGGGGCUCGACCCCCCCUCCCCCAGGCCUCCCCCCCUCCUCCAGCACACUCUCCCCUCGACGUGACCCCCACCCCCCCAGACACUGAGCCGGUCCUAUGGUUGGACACUGCAGGGGAGAGGAAGAGGCAGAAAUGCCCCCCGAAAUGUGAGCCAUACCGGGGAGCAAGGAGGGGUACGCUGGAAGACACCCCCCUCAAUCCCCAACUCCUCCUCUUGGGACUCACCUGGAGCACUGUUGGGGGGGGCUGGUUGCCUUUAGGCCCUCCCUGUGGACUUGACCCCCUCCUACAGCAAGGUGCCCCCUCGAAUUGGGUGCCCAGGACCUUCGCUGUAAAGAGUGGACCCCAAGUGCCCCCCACCCCCCUCCCCCACGCCCCCUCCAGUGCCACCACCGCCGGGCAGGAGAGACCCGCUCGGCCUUUGCCAACCCCUGCAGCGGGGGCAUGGCUGGGAGGUGCCCCCAGUGCUCCCCAGCAGCUGCCACUGCCCUCCCUGAGCCUGGGGCUUUCGCCUUCCCUGGGCAGGGGGGGACAUACACACAUGGGGGUCCUCUCCAGGAUGGGGGCGAUGCCCCCACCUGCUCCCCGGCUGUAAAUACUCCCCCCACUCCCCCCAAAAUAAAUCACAGUAUUUCUCUGGGGCUGGGACACUCCCCACAACUGGCCAACCCCAGCCGGGUCGGGGGGGCCCAGACCCUCGGCCCAGGGGGAACCCCUUUAUUUUUCGUUUCUGUUUUGCCCCCUCGCCCCCCCCCCCGGAGUCUCCGACAGUAACUGGAUGUGGGGGCAACUGGGAGCCAGAGCUGAUUAUACCGGGAGG